UCUGAUACCCAUCGAGAAGCAUUAUUCAAAGAUUAAUAAUAAAGCUGUAGAAAGCAUUAAUAACCUUGUAUAUUCUAUUUUUGGUGUAGACGAACAAAAAAUGACAAAGACAAAAGUUCCGAGAAAAAGUAACGUUGGUCAUAAGCUUAAAGCGGAAACUGUUGUAAAAUCAGAGGAAAAAGGUAAAACGCUCGUUGCUAAAGAGGAGGAGAAAGUUGUCGUUCCGAGUAAAGUUGGCGAGGUGGAAAAUGAAACAAAGGCAGUGAGGAGAAGCCCUGGAAAAAGGCGUAAAGAGGUUAUCGAUAACGAAAAAGAGACUCAAGAAGUAGUGGCUUCCAGCUCAAGACAACAGUUCACUUCGGACUUGUUGGAUACAGAAAACAAUUCCUCUUCGGUGUUGUCGAGUUCUGGACACAUAAAUGAAGAAAUUAGUGAGAUGACUCCCAAAAGGAAGCGUAAACUAUCUCUGGGACAGCAUAAUUUUGCCACAUCUACUUCAAGCAAUGAAACCUCACCUGUAUCUCCGGGUGCGGAUCUAUCAGUAUCUCCGCGACGCGGUCCAAAACGUAUUCGUAGCCAGUCAACUUCAAGCAUAGGGGAAACUCGACCGGAAGAAUCCCCGGCCAACAUAUUACUCGAAUUCCUCAACGCGUUAAAUCCCAAUCCACCAAAAUUAUCUCGCAAAGAGUUAUUAAGGGCGGGCACCUGGUUGUUCGAUGAAUUAUUAACAAGAUCAUUCUCGCGACCUUUUGUUAAUCCCGUUCCCGAAGAUGCGAUAGUUUAUCGGAGAGAGAUCAAACGUUUGAUGGAUCUAACCACGGCCGAGAGGAAGCUAUGGGCAGGAAAGUAUAAGGAUCUCAAUGACCUGUACGCAGAUGUGGUGCAAAUUUUGUCGAAUGCUAUCACUUUUCAUCAGGAGGGUCAAAUAUACGAGGAGGCCAAAGAGAUGUGCGAGUACUUUACAAAAGUUCUAUAUCCUCACAUAUCUAGAGUCAUGUUUGGCGGAGACUUAAGGAAAUCAAUUAACGAGAUGAUGCCAUUGCUACACGAAGAAUACUUUGGAAUAAAGACGUUUUCACCGGAAUUAAUAAGGGAAAAAAGGCAACAAACAAUCGCAAAUAAAAAAUCCGUCCCGUCUACAGUGCUUGAUCGACUCGAUCAUUUCAACCGAGGUUUGACAGAUUACUUUACUGAUGGCAUACAACCAGCGAAAACCCCCAAUCUCGAAGAAUCGUCUUUGACCAGGGAUUUCAUCCGCGUUUAUUUGACCAAAGGACUAUCCACGUUAAAUGA